AUGGGAGGGCUGCACACUCGGUUGCUGCUGCUGCAACCAAGGCGACGGCUUAACACUGGGAAUAUGUUGUCACGGCAAUUGGUGCGCAACCUCUACCCUGCAACAAUUAAACGACCCCAUGACCCAUCACCAUCUGAAUUGCUUCGGUUCGCCCUGACGGAUUCAACUAAGCCAAUUCAUGACCAGAAUACUAACGAGAUCUUAUCUGGGUAUCUUCGUGAACUUUUUGUCGCCGAAUGGAAGCUCAAUACACCACCUCCCACGUUGUGGACCUCCCUCAAAGGGCUUACAUCACGGAGUCAAGAGUUGUCGUGGGAUGCCAAUAGCCACAUUGCCAAUAUCUCUUCCUUGCGGAGCCUAAUUGAGAGAUAUAUCAACAGCAAACGUGAAGCAGAACUCUUGCAGACUGGUGACUGUUUGCCAUUGUAUUACGCUUUGCGGCGCUGUCAACAGAACAACACAUUGCCAGAAAUCCUGUCGGUGCUACAUGACUUGUUGGCAAGGCUGAAGCGUCUCCGGCUUCCUAUCCACCCUAAAAUGUACAGUAUAGCGUUAUGCUUUGCAUGUUUUGAGCUUUCGCCUUCAGAUCUCAAACAAUUCUUGGAUGGGCACCACCAGAUGGGCUUUCCAACCCUAAGUCUCAGGGAAAGUUUGCGGAUAGUCCGAUGUUACUCUGAAGCACUUGACUGCAAAGCUUUUGAGGAUCAAUACUAUGACCCCAAUCCCAUCCUUGCUGGGUUCACAGGCGAAGGGGAAUUCGUGACCCAGGACCACAAUUUGCAUGAGACCUUGUUCUGGGCGCAAUGUACCGAUCAAACUGGCAACCAGUUCAAUUCUGAAAACAAGGCCCAUGAUUAUAUAUGUCUACUUGUUAGGCUUGGGGAUGAUGAGAUGCUUCACAAAUGUUGGUCUCGUUUUUUGAAGAACAUUCAGCCUAAGAACUCUGGAAGCUGCAUCGCUGCCUAUCAGGUAGUGCUUGCUCUAGUCCAAAAUGUUCAGUCUCGAAUAGCAGUGAAAUUUUUGGAAGAUAUCUCUCAACGUUGUGGUGAUAACUUGCCAUUCAUUGCGAAAUUCUCGAACGUUCGAUUCUUCCUUGAUGAUGCUAUUGUGGGUGAGGCACUACCUGACCUAGUGAGGGGAGGGGACUACCUCGAACUACUUGAGUUUUGCCUUGAGGACAUGGAUCGAAGGAUGAGUAUUGAAUGGAACACCAAGCGUCAAAGCCAUUUCAGUACGGCCUUAGAUCCCUCACAAUCAAUCUGGGGAUCAUUUGAUGAUCAACUUUUGCCUAGAAUUGAUAGCAAAUCUGUUGGUUCUGAUCAUACAGGACAGCUAUAUGCAGAGCUUUACAUUCAUGGCUGCUCCAAGUCUCCGGCUACACUCGGCAGAGUCGUAGAUCUGUUGAAUGAUCACGACGGACAACCCCAGGAGAUCGUCACUAAUCUUGAUUAUAAUCCAGCACGACUUGAUGAAUUAAUUCGCUCCAAAUUUGAGUCGCUCGAACUCCGAUGGGUACCAGAACACUCACCGGUUGAAUUUUCUAACUCCCAAAUCCCGGCGCUGCAUGAUUUGUCUGAGCCUAUGACCCCAUCUACCCUAGGCCUUAUUCGGGCUCGAUUGAUCAUUCACGGAGUUCCUCAAAUGGGGAUCCACAACUUACAUUUGAUGCAACUCGGCUGCAUGGAUAUGCGGUAUGGUCCAGACGAACCAUGGCAGCCAUCAGGUUACAUCGUGGUUUGGGACCGCCAUCACGGGGAACUCCUCGGGCUUUACGUUGGGCAGAACACCGGUAUUAUUGACUGUGGCCCAGCGCCUUCGGAUGGCCCUCUCGGUGCCUUGAUGCAUCUCACGCUCUCAGCCAGUCCUACCAGUGGUCCACGGACUCUUCCUCGAAAUUGCUGGGGACCUUACUAUCUGGAUGUAGAUCCAAGUGCAGAUCUAGAGUAUUGA